AUGUUGGAGCUACGUCUUGUUCAGGAUUCUUUGCUAAAGAAGGUUCUCAAAUCGGUCAAGGAUCUGGUCAAUGAUGCCAACUUUGACUGCUCCAGCACCGGCUUCUCUCUCCAAGACAUGGAUUCCAGCCACGUGGCGCUGGAACCUCUCCAUAGGAUGAAUCUCGGAAACAUGUCCAAGAUGCUCAAGUGCACCGGAAAUGAUGACAUCAUGACCAUCAAAGCCGAUGACGGCGGCGACACCGUCACCUUCAUGUUCGAUAGUCACAUUAAGUUUAAUACGCAAGACAAGAUUGCGGAUUUUGAGAUGAAACUGAUGGAUAUAGACAAUGAGCAUCUAGGGAUACCUGAUGCUGAGCACCUCUCCAUUGUGAGGAUGCCGUCAAGUUAG